AUGCCGCAAUACUGUUUUCACAUUGACAGUAUUCUGACAUUAGAAGGCGAUGAUACACUUGAAGUAAAAAUAGGCCAAGAAGACUUUAUGGACUGGGAGGCCUUGUGCCCUUCCAUAAUUAACUUUACAAUGCCGAGGAAUCAAAAUUUUCUCCAAAUUUUCGAGACGACAUACAAUUUAUUCAGUGCAGAAUGGGCAGCACUGGGGGAGGAAGCUACAAAGCUACGUUAUGAGUAUGGCCGCGCACCGGCGCAGUUGGAACGCGAAGCCUUUGGGGUACAACAAAACGCAAAUAUACAACUCCAGGAAUUACAGAACCAAAUGGCACAUAUUUAUCAGGAGCCCCCCCUCGCGAAAAAGCAACAGGCUCAGACGCAGAAUCAAUUGGAAGAAACGCAAGUGCAACUGGCAAACACACAGAUACAAUUGGCAGCACCCCGCGCACAACUUAACCAAACGCUGGAUGAAUUGCGGCAGAUGCGCAAUCAGCAUACAGCGACGCAGUCUCAACUAGCGGAAGCGCUCGAAAAAUUAAACGAAGGGGAACAACAGAGUGUUCCUGAUGCAAGCCAGACAACCGGACCAAGGGUACCCCCACAAAAAAAGGGAGAAAUUUAUCAAGCUGGGCAUGGAAGCCGGAACCAGCUUUACCGAAUACUGAGGAACACCCGAAGUUGGGCAUUUGCGGCAUACAGGAAUUACGACAACCAAUUUGGACCGAAAGCAAUAGACCAUCGGAGAAGAUCUGUACUUUUGAAGGAAUGA